AUGAACUUCUACGCCACGAGCUACGUGGUGGCCCACGGUGUCCUGCGGAAGAUGACCAUCGGCACCACGGAGCAGUCGGGCUUCACCAGGCCCCCCCCGAGGAGCGACGGCAUCCUGCCAGCCCUGCCGGGCCAGCCCCUCGGCGUUAGCAUCACCGCGACGGAUUACCUGCCCUCUGUGCGCAGCCACCCCGCCCUGCGCAGCCUCCAGCUGGGCGACAACCGCCUGGCCCGCCUGCCCGCCGGGCUGCCCCGCAGGGCUGGCCUGCGGGGGCUCUGGCUCUACGGGAACCGCUUCGAGGAGUUUCCCCCGGCCCUGCUGCGCAUGGCCCACCUCCACGUCCUCGACCUGGACCGCAACCGCAUCGCCCGCUUCCCCGACCUGACCUGCCUCUCCGCCCUGUGCCUCCUCUCCUACGACCACAACCCCGUCCGGCAGCCGCCCCACGUGGGGGAUGCCGUCCGGCUGGUGGGCAACGGGGCGCAGGAGUUCAUGGAGGCACGGCAGGAGCGCCUGCAGAGCCUCCAGCACCAGGAGGACGCAGAGGAG